AGGUUUUUAUGUUAUGAAUGUUGUAACAGUAGGGCAACUAUUCUUGCAUUAACCAAUCAAUAUUCGACUGACUCCAAGAUGGAUUUUAAAAAAUUACCUGUUUAAUCAUUUCGGCUUGUGCUUCUGGAACUUCAUGUGGAAAGAGUAAAAUAAAUAAAUUUUACCAUAGGGCUAAUACCAAGUUCAUUUGUAUUUUAUCGCAUGAAGUAACGAACAGACAAGACGAAUAUAGAGAAACAAUAAGAGAAGAAAAACAAAUAAAAAUGAUCUCAAAAACCAAAAGCAAAUAAAACGUUAAGAUAAGAGAAAGAAUAAAAAAAGAAUGUGCGUAUAUGAAAAUGUUUAAUUAAUUUUAUAUAUUAUAUGAUAGCUAAAUAUAUUAAUUAAAAAAAUUUUCAUCUUGACAGAUGAUUGUUCACACGUUAAUUUAUUUAUAACGAUGAGUAAAAGAUAAUUUUUUUUCAUAGAAGCGUGACAAGUCGUGAAUCUGAGAUGGUUUACAAAAAAAAAAUUCAAUAAAUUUAAAGUUUCCACAAUCAUAGAGAUUGUUAAGCGAUACACAAAUUCACACACAAAUCACAACAUAAUUGAUAGCGACAGUAUCCAUAUAUUGUCUUGAUUUCGUACAGUCUAAAAACAUUGAAAUUUGCUUUUAAAUAACGAUAAAUUAGUACACAUUCACAGUUCUUUUUUUUUCCCUCUAGUUUAUUCUACUCGGACAUGAAACAACAUCACAAACACAACAUACUCCACUUCCGUCUACAACAAUGUCUCACUACUACUUGCUAGCGCUUCGAAUACAACAGCAUCAACAACAAACCUUUUAUCUUCAUUAUUUCUUCCAUUAAACAAUGCGAGUAAUCAUCUACAACGUCCACAGCAACAAAUUUAUAAAAAUUCAGACGGCUCUAUAGCAUCGCCAUUAAGUAAGUCACUGGAGAAAAAACUUAUAUUGCAUGAACUGAACGUUAUUAGUUUCAUUAGUUAAUAGUAGACAGUUCAUUCCACGUUCCUUUUCUGCUGUUCCAUGAAAAAAAUGACUUUACUAAAAGAAAAAUAUCGACAAGACAAGAUUUGAACAUCGCGGUUAUCUUAUGAUAAUAAAUAAUGUGACAAUAAUAGGCCAGUUGACUAUGACACAAACAAAAUAUUACUGUAAAACACGAGAGAGCCUGUAAUAUUUUGUGAAAACUUCUUAGAACUUGUCCGUUGUCCAAAGAAAAAGGAAGUUUGAAGUAUAAAGUUUAUACACGAGGAUUUUUAUGGUUUGCAGAUGAUUUUUUGGCAGUAGCUGUAAACUUUCAGGGUGGACUUGUGAUUUCAAAUGUGAUCAAAUUUCAAUAUAAAUUUGAUGUUUACAGCUUCUGAAUGAAUCGGUAACAGACAGUAUUAUUGGUCGGAUGUUGUUAGACACAAGUUUUAAAAAUUAUUCGGAUAUAUUAUUACAUAUUCUAUGUGAUAGCCCGCCAGUUCAAUAGGAAAUUUUCACAUUUUUGCUUCGUAGAAGCAACGUAGACAAACUUUUUAUUCAGGAUCGGAGAUAACAGAUAUAAAAGUGGACAUCAUAGUUUUCUAUAAGUCGUCUGUUGUUAUUAUGUUCCAUUUUCAUGCAUUUUUUAAGAUUAUGUAAUAGGAUUUUUAUCUUUCCAGCCUAUGAACAAGUUCCAUUUGAAGAGGCUAGUGAAUGGUGUCAUAUAACGUAUUAUGAAAUGUCACAUCGUGUCGGUGAACAAUUUCGUGCUACACAACCACAAGUUAUUAUCGAUGGCUUUACUGAUCCAUCAAAUCCUGAUCGUUUUUGUUUGGGAAUAUUAACAAAUAUUAAUCGAACAUAUGAAAUUAAUAAAGCAAGAACAUCUAUCGGUCGUGGUAUUCGAUUAUAUCAUAUUCGAGGUGAUGUCAUUUAA